AUGGCAGCGGAGGACGCCGUGGCGCAGCUCUUGUGCGUGCAUUUAGGCCUACUGGACGAGAACGAACUGCCUGAUGACGCAGUGCGUGAUUUCCGCGACCUUUACCGUCUUCCUUUGCGCUCUUUCGGCGACAAAUGCGCACUGAUGAGCGCCGCGGAGGCCACGGGCUGCUCGGCCGUGAUCCUGGACGUGCUGCUCUUCGUGUCCGAGACGAUGGCGCCCGCGCUAUUCCGCAAGCAACUAGCUGCCCUCCCGUUAUCGCUCAGCCAAUGGGUCCACUAUUUGGUAGAGCAGUGUAUGGUCACGAACGAGACGGUGUCACUAAGUGCGCUACGUGGCCUACUAGACCUGUACGCAGCUACCCAGAGAUACCGCGAGCUGGCAGCCAUGUUGUUAUCCUUAGUAUUCUACGACAGAGAGCUCAGUCGCUCAUUAAAAGUGACGGACGACGUGCUGGACAUCGCGAAGUUCUACCGUCAUCGCUUCCCCGUGUGGAUUUUGGAUCUGUUGCACGAGUACGUGGCACUGUCCAAGCUCCAGCUCCAGACUGAACAGGAAGAUGCCAACACUGCACCCGAAGUCCGCUCUAUGGCAGCGAAUCUGGACAAACGAGCGAGAGGCGUAGGCAACUUACAGGCCAAUUGGAGGAUGAGAUACAUUCAACUGACUGAGAAGGAGAUCGUGUACUUUAAGCACGAAGAAGGCAAACUACAUGUAGAGAAGUCCAAGAACCCAUUCCAUGAUAAAACAGGCAAAGGCAACAAGAAGGGGAGUCUCCCACUUGCCAGAGGCAUGAAGAUCGAGCCUCUGGACUACCGUGGCAAGUUUUCUCUGCGUCCUUACUGCGUCAAAAUCUGUGACGCAGCUGGGAACGAAGAGUUGAUUUUAGACUCCUUCUCGCCUGAAGUGCAGCGUCAAUGGGUGGCUGCUAUCACUGCCAAUGUGAAGCGUCUAGAGCUUGAUCCACGAUGGCUGGCGUUCCCUCGGAGAUGCGUGCAUCGCAUGACUGUAGGCGAGUUCCUACGCUACUCGAUGCUGUACCACGGUGACGCCAAAAAGUCUCACACACGUCACAGUUCGUGUCAACCGGGGCCUCUACGCGAACAGUUUAACAUCGAUCCCAAGCGGUAUCUCUUCUCAGCUCUUGUAACUUGUGCCCUGGUGCGUGACUGGAACACCAUGGAGGCACUCGUGCAACCACGUAGUGCCAAGUCCACGAUCAUCUCGCUGUUCCCCAGUGGGAACAGUGGACGACUGGCAACUGCGUCGGCUCCAGCGUCAUCGUCUGCGUGGAGCUCCACGCCAGCGCCUGCGCCUUCGCGUUAUUCAGUCUGGUCAAACAGUACUGACCCGGUACCGUCUUCAAAUCGCUCCUCUGCACCUUCAAACGUCACUGCUCCUCCUCCGGUUCCUGCACCAAAUACUACAGUGCAGGGCAUGGUGGACGCAAGUGCCAUUGGAUACGGAGCCAUUCUCAUUAUUGCAGAGCAAAGACAUGCUCCUCCAAAUCUGCUGAUGGUGCUGGAAGCGCUGCAUGAAAAGAACGAGUCCAAGCGUGGCUGGAGUUGCCGUCGGGAAGCCGAUGCCAGCGAUGCCGCGUCGAUGAAAAUUACCAUUGCCAUUCCAGAAAGUGUUCGUGCAGACACCAACUGGGAGUAA